UAAAUACUUUAACAUCUUUAGGACAGCAGGAAAAAGAAGCGAACGGUCUAUUGUUUAGGGUUUUAGAAAAACCCUGCAGCUUCCAGUUCUCCUUUUGCAAUGGCGUUCUGGGGAGUUGAAUUGAAGCCUGGUAAACCAUUCACUCAUAAUUUUGAAAGUGAGCGUGGUAGACUUCAUGUCUCUCAGGCAACAUUAGGCACUGGCUCAACAAACAAAAAAAGCAUCGUUCAAUGUAUAGUAGGUGAUAAGAAGCCGAUUUACUUGUGUUCCUUACUGCCAGAAAAACUGGAGACAUGCCCAUUGAAUCUCGAGUUUGAGGAGGAGGAAGAAGUUACCUUUUCAGUUGUUGGUUCUCACAAUGUUCAUCUAUCUGGUUUCUUUUAUGGAGAGAGUGAGGGUUGCUGUGGAAAUGAAUAUGGAUCCGAUCUUUAUGAGGAGGAUGCUGCUGAGACUGAUAGUGAGUCUGAUGAUUCAAUCGAAUUUGAGUAUGACACAGAAAAUGAAGACGAGGAUGGCUCAACUGAUGAUGAUUUUUGCAUGUAUCCACCUUCACCUAUUCCCAACAGUGGAGUGAAAAUUGAAGAGAUAGUGGAGGAUGAAAAGCCUAAAGAUGAAAAUGCUAAAUCCAAAAGGCCAAAGAAGAAGAAAAACCAGUCAAAUGGGACUGAUGACACAGAGAACUCUGAGCGCCAAAUAGUUGUCAAGAGUAAUACUGGCAGUCCUCUGCUGGAGAGUGAAGAUGAAGAUGGCUUCCCGAUAUCUGCUCCCAAUGAAAACAAAGCUAAAUCAGUGAGAUCAAAAUUAAAAUCAGAUGGAAUUAAAGAUCAGGAUACCCAUGAGGAAGUAUUGAAUGAGAAGGCAAGAGAUACUGUUGAUGAGAGGAAAGGCUUAAAAAAAAGAGGUCGUGAUGAUACUAGCAAAGUCAAUGAUGGUCAAAGAGCAGACAAUGUGGUGAUGGAAAACAACGCUAAGCAAAAUAAAAAGAAUAAGAAGAAAAAGUUAAUGGAUGAGGAGUUGGCUCGUCAAAAUGGAUCAAACAACAAGUCAGAGCAUGCAGAGGCUAAUGAUGAGCCAGUUCCAGUAGGUAAAACCGAAGAUGGUCAGAGGUCAACUGAUGAAAAGGAUACUGAGAAAAAGAAGAAAAAGAAAAAGAACAAGAAAAAUCAACAGGAUGGAAAAGCAGAUACANUUACAGAGGUUGAACAAGAUAAAAAGAAUGGAUCACAGGAGGUGGAGGAAAAUGAAGAGACUAAGCCUUCUCAAUUGAGGACCUAUGGAAAUGGGUUGGUCAUAGAGGAGUUGGCAAUGGGCAAGCCGGAUGGGAAAAGAGCUUUCCCAGGAAGUAAGGUUGGUGUACGCUAUAUCGGCAAGCUGAAGAAGAAUGGCAAAAUAUUCGAUUCCAACAUUGGGCAAAGAACACCUUUUGAAUUCCGUUUAGGUAUUGGUCAAGUUAUAAAGGGUUGGGAUGUCGGUGUAAAUGGCAUGCGCAUUGGGGACAAAAGAAGACUUACAAUCCCACCAGUCAUGGGGUAUGGAUCUAAAGGUGCUGGUGGCGCCAUACCACCCAAUUCAUGGUUGGUAUUUGAUGUUGAGCUAGUAAGUGUAAAAUGAUCCUGCCAUUGCAUGAUGGAGAUUACCUGAUUUUUCCAUUCGCAGAAUCCCAAAAUUGUUGUUGUGGCCUUGCUCUUUAAGCAAAAACAAGUUAGCUUCACUUACUAAAAGAAAGUGUACAAAUUAUACAAAUAGAGCUCGGAUGCCAAUUUUGUAACAGGGCUGAAUUUCAGACUCCUGUCCAAAUUUUGAACUUAAAUGAUUUAUAGACCUGCUUGUUUUCCAGAGCGUUUUCUGUUUGAA